CCCGGAAGCGCCGGCGCGGCCGGGUUCCGCUGCCCCCUCCGAUGCUCCGCUCCUGGUACCUGCUGUGCUGCCUCUGGGCCCUGCACCUGCCGGGCGCUGGGGAGGGGGCGGCGGCGGCGGACCGCGAGAUAGACACCGCCCACUACCGGGAGCGAGUCAAGUCCAUGUUUUACCACGCCUACAACAAUUACUUGGAAAACGCUUUUCCCUAUGAUGAACUGCGGCCUCUGACGUGUGAUGGACAGGACACCUGGGGAAGUUUUUCUCUCACAUUGAUUGAUGCUUUGGACACUCUACUAAUUUUGGGAAAUGUUUCAGAGUUCCAGAGGGUUGUCAAUGUGCUGCAGGAGGGGGUGGAUUUUGAUAUUGACGUAAAUGCGUCUGUCUUUGAAACCAACAUCCGAGUGGUCGGUGGUCUCCUGUCUGCUCACUUGCUGUCUAAGAAGGCUGGUGUUGAAGUGGAAGCAGGAUGGCCCUGCUCAGGGCCUCUUCUGAGGAUGGCGAAAGAAGCUGCUCGUAAACUCCUACCAGCUUUUCAGACCCCAACUGGGAUGCCAUAUGGGACAGUGAACUUGCUGCAUGGAGUAAACCCUGGAGAGACCCCGGUUACCUGUACUGCUGGUAUUGGUACAUUCAUAGUGGAAUUUGCCACGUUAAGUCAUCUUACAGGUGACGUAGUCUUUGAGGAUGUGGCCAGAAAAGCCCUUAAGGCCCUGUGGAAAAAUCGCUCAGAUAUUGGAUUGGUGGGUAACCACAUUGAUGUGGUAACUGCCAAAUGGGUAGCCCAAGAUGCUGGCAUUGGGGCAGGGGUAGAUUCCUACUUUGAAUACCUUGUUAAAGGAGCCAUUCUGCUGCAUGAUGAAGAGCUGAUGUCCAUGUUCCUAGAAUAUAACAAAGCCAUUGGGAACUACACAAAAUUUGAUGACUGGUACCUGUGGGUUCAGAUGUACAAAGGGACAGUGUCUAUGCCUGUCUUUCAGUCCCUGGAGGCCUACUGGCCAGGCUUACAGAGUCUGAUAGGGGACAUCAGUAAUGCCAUGCGAACAUUCCUCAAUUAUUACACUGUUUGGAAACAGUUUGGUGGGCUGCCCGAGUUUUACAACAUUCCCCAGGGCUAUACUGUGGAGAAGCGAGAAGGAUACCCACUUAGACCUGAGCUGCUCGAGAGUGCCAUGUAUCUGUACCGUGCCACACGAGAUCCCACCCUCUUAGAACUGGGGAGAGAUGCUGUGGAGUCCAUAGAGAAAAUCAGUAAGGUGGAGUGUGGAUUUGCAACAAUCAAAGACCUGAGGGAUCACCGACUGGAUAAUCGCAUGGAAUCCUUCUUCUUGGCUGAAACAGUGAAAUACUUGUAUCUGCUGUUUGACCCAGAUAACUUCAUUCACAACGAUGGGUCAGCCUUUGAUGUGGUGCCCAUGCCUUAUGGGGAAUGCAUCCUUGGUGCUGGUGGAUACGUCUUCAAUACCGAAGCUCACCCCAUAGACCCUGCUGCCCUGCACUGUUGUAGGAAACAGAAGGAAGAGCAGUGGGAAGUGGAAGACUUAAUGAGAGAGUUUUACUUUCUGAAGAGAAGCAAAAAGUCCACGUUCAAGAGAACUGCAGACCAUAGUGGGAGGGAAAGCCAGACAGCCUCUGCAGAUGCUUCCUCAGAGAGCAGCAGGGGGGGAACGAAUCCGGAGAAGAACACCAAAAGGAGACUCCCUCUCCUGAGCUGCCCUAAUCAGCCCUUUACCUCCAAACUUUCAGUUCUGGGACAGGUCUUUCUAGAUGACACGUGACUCCACUUCACUACGAGUCCAAGUUGUUGAAGUUAAUAAAUCCGCUUGGAGUUG